AAACAGGAGAGAAAUGAGAAAGGCGGAUGUUUGGGUUAUGGGUUGGACUUUUCUGUUUCUUUGCUGCACGGUAUUUCAAAUUUAUUAACAUGGUUCGAUAAAUUCGCCGUUUAUUUUUCAACGUACGCGUUCGUAUAAUUCGUGUAAAUUCUCUCUAAUUAAAUGUAACAAUUCUAGUUUUCCUGAUGUUCAGCAUAUAAAGUACCUCAAAAAUGGGCAAACUACUUUCGAAGAUUUUCGGAAACAAGGAGAUGAGAAUAUUGAUGUUGGGAUUGGACGCUGCUGGGAAAACGACUAUAUUGUAUAAAUUGAAAUUAGGUCAAUCUGUGACAACUAUACCCACCGUUGGAUUUAAUGUAGAAACAGUAACGUAUAAGAAUGUAAAAUUUAAUGUUUGGGAUGUCGGCGGUCAGGAUAAAAUACGACCCCUUUGGAGGCAUUAUUAUACCGGUACUCAGGGAUUAAUAUUCGUCGUAGAUUGUGCAGAUCGAGACAGAAUCGACGAAGCGCGUCAAGAGUUGCAUAAAAUCAUCAAUGACCGAGAAAUGAGAGAUGCUAUUAUUUUAAUAUUCGCAAAUAAACAAGAUUUACCUGAUGCUAUGAAACCGCAUGAAAUUCAAGAAAAAUUAGGUCUGACUCGUAUCAGAGAUAGAAAUUGGUAUGUACAACCAUCAUGUGCGACAAGUGGCGAUGGUCUAUACGAAGGACUUUCAUGGCUGACCUCAAAUCAUAAACUGUGAUCUAGAGCUUCUGUGGAAGGAAAUCUCAUUUCUUGCCAGAUUUUCGGAUACGUAUCGAUUUUCUUUCCACCUUGUUUGUCAGAAGUCAACCGUUUACACCGAUUCGAGUGACAGACGACGAAAUAACAUAUUUAUAAUUUUAUUGUUAUUAAAACAUUGUGAUCAAUAUUAUUAAUGUGUUUUUUUUCCUAUGUUGUAUUUGUAUACUCGAAAAAAAUUUUGUUGUUACUCGUAAAGUGUAUAUUGUAUGUGUAAAUGUUUACGCACUUAUUGUUUAACGUGUUGUUUUACUAUUCUUCGUUGGUUAUUAGUGUACAGAAGAGGAGGUUUAGUAAAGGUGUCGCGUAUUUUUCUUUCCCAUAUCGCAUACGUAUUGGUGUGAGUAUGGUAAAAGGUGGUGAGGUGACAAAAUAUGAAAAAAUACUCUUUUUUUUGAGAUUUUAAUCAUUCGAAAAUAUUCAAUUUCGGUUCAGAAGUAUUCGAAUAUCGGUCAAUUUUUCUCAUUUAUGCAUAUUUUUUUCGACGUAUGCGAUAAUAACUUAAUUUGCAUAAAAAAAGAAAAGAAAAGCAUCAAAUGAACGAACAUAUAAAUGUUACAGGUAUUUGGGAUCAUUAAGAUUGAAUGGUGGUAUCCUAAAGAUAUGAUUUUUUUGUCAAUUAUAAUUUGAAAAUUUCAUUCGCGAAGGAUUGACUUGUUUUUGCAAAAGGAUUUUGAAUUUGUUUACCAUCUCGUUUCUUUCUUUCUUUCGUACCAUUACCAGAAUUUUAUUUUAAGCGUAUGGUAAUAUUGUUAGUAAUUCGUAGGUCUUGGUUUGAAGACUAUUAUUGUGACUAUAUGUACCUUACCUACCAUUUAUUGUGUAUUAUUUAUUUUUUUAUUAAGUCGUUAACACGUAGUGGUAAUGUUGCAAUUAAAAAAGACAUUUUUAAUUAGCAGCGUUUAUCUAUCAGUUGACGAUUAAAUAAAUUUUUCUGGGUUCCUAUGCAUUUUAUUAUUUUCUUUUUUUCUCUCUUAAAUUAAAACAAAAAUUAUAUCUCUUUAAUAAUUUUUACAAUAGAGUAAAAAGACGUAUUGUUACGCACUUCUUUAAGUAUUUUUAUUCUAGUAGGAUAUUAUAAAGGAAAAAUUUCUGAUUAGUUUAUAAGCAUUGUAAGCUUUCAUUUUCAUUAUUCUCAUUAGCUUUUGUGCAUAUCUCUAUAUUUUUGUCGUCUCCAUUAUCUGGUCUCCUCACAAAUGUAAAGUUACUAAUUUUAAGAAAUUUAAACUUUCAUCGGUGACAAGAUAAAACGCCAUGCGAGUUUUUUUUUCUUUUUUUUUGCUUCUUUACGAAGCUGUUUUAACCAUGGUGUCGCUCAGUCGAUGAGAAUUCUUCCAGUAAAAAAAAAAGGAAAAUUAUGCAUUUUAAUAGCUUAAAGUAUUUCAUCAUUUUUUUCUCUUUUUGUUUCUUGUAUAUAGUGUAAUUUUCGUUACAUUUUUUAUUGUUUAUAAAUUUUUAAUCGACUCCUGUUAAAAUAUAGAAUUUCUAUUAUAAUUUAUUACAUUGUAAACAUUAUAUAUUGCAAUGUUUAAUUUAUUAAAAUGUCAUUCCACGAGGUA